AGUGGGGGCGGGGCGAGCGCGGCAGACGGGCCGCGGGUCUGACAGCGCAGCUCGAGCCGCCGGGUGUGGGGCGGGCCAGGCGAGGACCCCCGCCGCUCUCCCGAUGGGGCUCUGUUUCCCCUGUCCCGGGGAGUCCGCGCCUCCCUCGCCGGACCUGGAAGAGAAAAGAGCAAAGCUUGCAGAGGCUGCAGAGAGAAGACAGAAGGAGGCUGCAUCUCGGGGCAUUUUGGAUGUUCAAUCUGUGGAACAAAAGAGAAAGAAAAAGGAAAAAAUAGAAAAACAAAUUGCUGCGUCUGGGCCCCCACCAGAAGGUGGACUUAGAUGGACAGUGUCAUAAAGCAUAACAUGAGCGACGAGUCUACUGCCAGUAACUAAUGUCUGCGAUCAUAUGGAUGUCCUCAAUUUAAUUUCUUCUCUUUGAAUAAAUGAAGAUUCAGACUAUAA